CCUUCGGGAGGUUCAGGAAGCAGUAGGCGUGUUUUCACGCUGUUUAAUCUUAUGGAGAAUGGCACCGCGACUGUUUAAAUGCGUCGAGUGUAACGAAGAUGCAAGCGAGCUGCAUCGAGAUUACAGCAACGGAAUACUGAAGAUCACCAUAUGUAGUUCAUGCAAGAAGCCAGUUGACAAAUACAUCGAAUAUGAUCCAGUUAUUAUUCUGAUAGACGCCACUCUGUGCAAAAUCCAGGCCUUUAGACAUAUCCUCUUCAAUACUGAGAUAAAUAUCCACUGGAAGCUGUGUGUGUUCUGUCUGCUGUGUGAGGCCUAUCUGCGCUGGUCCCUCCUGCAGGGGUCCCAGGGCAACGAUGACCCCGCCGAUAUCAUCCGUUACACUAAAGAGUGGGAGUUUUACUGCCUGUUUGCACUGGCCUCACUGGAGUUGGCCGUGUUCUGCGCAGGUGUGUUGCUCAUUCUGUGGACGGCGCAGUGCUGCUCUGGUUCCUCUUUAGAACUGAAGGUGCUGUUGAAGGCACUUCUGCUCUCCAGCUACGGCAAAGUGCUGCUUAUACCAGCUGUCAUCUGGGAGCACGAUUUCUCCCCGCUCUGCUUCAGCCUCAUACGACUGUUCGUCCUGACCUCCAAUUCACAAGCCAUAAGAGUGAUUCUGAACUGCAGUCGGCGACGGUCUCUCCUGGCGGUGUGUGGUGGCUUGCUGUUAGAGACAUGGGUCGCCCAGGCUUUAAAAACACUGCAAGUCUGUUCACAAGACUAUCUGUCAAUGCUCUAGACUAGAAGAAUCCAGGAAUCUGAAACCUCAGGAUCAUCUCAAACCCUUGACAGUAAACAUCAAACUGUCCCUCCUAAAGAUAAAUGGAUGCUCAUGGAACUGCUGCGAAACUUUCUUCGUGAAUGAUUCAAGCCGUCCUUGCUGCCAGCGAAGAACGUUUGAUUUCUGAAACUGAUCGGCACGCGAAAUCUCAGAUGUGAAUGUAAAGAGACAUGCUUGUCAUUACUUCAGAGAUGUUGUUUAUACAAGAUGUUCCCUACAAAGGAAUUCAGUGGCAAUGCCAAGUGAAAGUAAAUGAGGUCAUAGAGAGCAAAUAGUUUAUCUUUACUAUAGUUACCACAUGGUUAUGAGGUUUUUGUUUUUUUUCAUGCAAAUAUGCCUGGUUUACUAAAUAAACACCAUUAAGACCAGUAAAUUGUCUUCACUUGUGAAUUCUCCUCACACAGAACAACUAGUUUGGGUCUAUAACAGCAAGCCUGUGCAAUUUUUACAAAAUCCAGUGUUUAUGAAGACUUUGAAGGCGCAGCUUCACAUUCCUGAGGUCAUCUGUCAGAUUCCUCAGUUAGCUCUGCUGAGAGAAGAUGUGGACUCAAAUGUACUACAGAUGUCUCUGGACUAGUGUCGACACGAUAUGUUCACUUACUGUAAUGAUCUGAAUGGCAUAUGGUUUAUAUAUGGACUUUCUUGCUGAUGUCAUUAAUCCCGGUUACAUAAAAGUGAAGUGUGGGCCUUCAGUAUGAACUUGUUCUGAAGAAACUCAGGGAAUAAAUCUUGCAACUAUUUGGGAAACUGAAUGUUUUGUAACUGAAGGGGAUAUUGUGGUUAAUAAAGGAUAUGUUUGA